AUGGACACAGAAAAUGUGAGCAGAGCAGAUCUUGCUCUCCCAAACCCACAAGAAUCCCCAAGUGUGCCUGACAUUGAACUCUUGGAAACAUCUCCUGAGAAAGCUCUUCCAGAGAAGCCAGUCUUGCCCCCUCCACGGCAGACAUGGCAGACAUUACUGAAGAGAGAGUUGGAGUUCCUGGGGGUGACACAGAUUCUGGCUGGUUUGAUAUGUCUUUACUUUGGAAUAAUUGUCUGCUCUGUGCUUCACACUUCAGACUUUGAUGAGGAAGUGCUUUUAUUAUACAGAACGGGCUAUCCGUUCUGGGGAGCGGUUCUGUUUAUUUUGUCUGGACUUUUGACAAUUAUGUCUGAAAGGAAGAACAUACUGUAUCUGGUGAGAGGAAGCCUGGGAGCAAACACCCUCAGCAGCAUCGUCGCAGGGGCAGGGAUGGUCAUACUGAUCCUCAAUCUGAGCAACAGCUCCGCUUAUAUGAACUACUGUAAGGAUAUAAAUGAGGACGACGGAUGUUUUGUGGCCUCUUUUAUCACAGAAAUGGUGUUGAUGAUGCUGUUUCUGACUGUCCUGGCAUUUUUCAGUGCUGUGUUGCUCACUAUCUAUAAGGUUGGAGAAGAAUUUGAAAGGAAAAAGGCCACAGAUGAGCGUCUUUAUGAAGAAUUAAAUGUUUAUUCACCCAUUUACAGCGAGUUGGAGGACAAAGGGGAGACACUUUCUCCUGUUGAUGCAUAAGAAUCAAAGGACCAGAAUCAUCUGUUGAAUCCUGAGAGUCAAUUGCUAAAUGACUUGCACAGCAUUAUGGCAAAAUUUCCAUUUGCUCCACAUUCUGCCGGUCAUACAAUUAGGUUUUUAAAAAAAGCAUCUCUGAGUUAGCUGCUUCCUACAGCAUCCAUUUGGUACACAUGAACUUCAUUCAUUCACAAGCAGCUCAACACAAAGUGAAACACUGAAACAUACUUAAAAACUCAGUCACUUGAAAAACAGUGCAAAAAUGGGAAUAGGAGCAUGUAGAGUGGUCACAAAAAUAUGUUAAAAAUGAAAAUCCUUGAUUCAAUAAUUUGGUUUUUUUGUCUUUAUGGUGUUAGUUUCCUUAAAUGUUAGAUAUCUGCUUACACUUCCCCAUGGAAUUUCUUUUUUUGCAUUUUUAUUAAUUAUUACUAUUUAUUACAAGUUAUUCGCUUUGUAUCCCUGCUGUGGUCCCCUCCCUCAUCUCCUCCCAAUUCCACCCUCCCUCCUUCUUCUCUCCCUAUGGUCCUCCUCCCCUUCUAUCUGACUCUAGCCUAUCAGGUCUCAUCAGAACUGGCUGCAUUGUCUUCCUCUGUGGCCAGCUGAGUUCAUGCCAGAAAAAGCCCCUGUUCCCCUUACUAGGAAAUCCACUUGAAGACUGAGUCUAUGGCUACAUCGGAGCAGGGAUUUUAGGUCCUCUCCAUGCAUGGUCUUUGGUUGGGGUAUCAGUCUCUGCAGGGCCCCCGGGGCCCAUUUUGUUUGUUUGUUUGUUUGUUUGUUUUGCUCUGUUGGUUUCCUUUUGGAGCUCCUGUACCCUCCAUGUCUUUCUAACACCCACUUCUUCCAUAAAAUUCCAUACAUUCUGCCGAAAGUUGUGCUAUGAGUCUCAGCCUCGGCUUCAAUACCUCAAUCAGUGGAGUCUUUCAAGGGGCCUUCUAUGGUAGGCUCCUGUCCUGUUCCCUGUCUUCUCCUGCUUCUGAUGUCUAUCAUGUUUGCCCUUCUGAAUGAGGAUUUAGCAUCUUCCCUAGGGUCUUCCUUUUUGUUUAACUUCUUUAGGAGUAUAGAUUUUAGUAUGUUUAUCCUAUAUUAUAUGUCUAAUAGCCACUUACGAGUGAGUGUAUACCAUGUGUCUAUUUCUGCUUUUGGGUUACAUCACUCUAGAUGACCUUUUCUAGUUCCUACCAUUUGCCUGCAAAUUUCAUGAUUUCCUUGUUUUUAAUUGCUGAAUAGUUUUCCAUUGUGUAAAUGUAACACAAUUUCUGCAUCCAUUCCUCUGUUGAGGGACAUCUGGCUUGUAUCCAGCUUCUGGUAAUUACAAAUUGAGCUGUUAUGAACAUGGUUGAGCAAAUGUCCUUGUUGCGUAGUUGAGCAUAUUUCAUAAUUUCUUGUUUUUUCUUUUUUCUUUUUGUCUUGUAUGGUAUGUUAUGUGAGCCCACAUCUGGGACAGUGAGGAACUAUAGACAGGGAUUGAGGACCUGAGGUCUCUGUCCUCUGGGAGAAAGGCACUUGCUUCUUUCUCCCUGUUUGGUCUUCCUCCACAGAAUCCUAGAUCAGGAGGGUAAACUGUGGACUAUCUUUUAGAAAUGAAUUCCACAAUUACUUUCUACUCUUUCCUUCCUUCUUUCUUUCUCUCUCUUUCUUUCCUUCUUUUCUUUUUCCAUUUCCCUUUUAUUAAAAUAAGUUAUUUUCUCAUACAAUAUAUCCUGACUACAGCUUUCCCUCCCUCUACUCCUCAGUCUAUUAUUCGGAUUGACUUUUCCUCAGGCUCUUGCCUGCUUUUUACUCAGCUCCAGAUUCCAUGUCCUGUGUACUCACCUGGGACAGGGCUGCAAAUCUCUUGUGGAAACAGUUCUGACAUUUUGGUGUCAGAAUAAAAUGCCUUCUUAUUGCUUUCUUGAAGAGAAUGAGACAGCUAACUUUAUCCAACACACUUUUAAAAGUAAAUGACCUCACCUCUUGCCAGGGGCUAUUAUGCAUUAUCCAGUUACAUCUAGUUUCUGAUACUGAACUUGUGCUUCUGCAGCGUUUGCUAGUAUUUCUAUAGUGUUUACAUUUCUCCUUAAAACUUCAUUUCUCCACUUUUCUAUAUUUACAUCAUUUGGAGAAAUGAUGUCAGUGAGGAUCAUCCUAUUUUUUUAUUGAUUUAAUUUUUUUAUAUGUGUCAGUGAUUAUGUGUCAUAUGUGAGAAUGCUCAAGAAGAUCAGAAGAGGGUAUUGGAUGUCCUGGAGCUAGAGUUGCAGGCAGUUGUGAGAUUCCUAAAGUGAGUCCUGGGAACAAAACUCAGGUCCUCUCAAAGAACUGGAAGCACUUUUAAGCACUGAGUUAUCUCUCCAGCCUUUCUCUUUUUAUUUUAUGACAAUGAAAUGGUGGAUUUUUUUUUCAGUAGUUUAAUAUCUCAACCUCUUGUGAGUGCUUCUUAGGAGGAUCUGUCUUAAAAAAAACUGUGAGUGUAUGGUGUAUGUGUGCACACAAGCACACAGAUGCUAUAGCAUGUGUCAUUCUUCACUUUGAGGGAGGGAUUCUUGUUUGUCACUACCUGUACGAUGCUGGCAAACUCAUGAGCUUCUAGGAAGCCUCUUGCUUUUCUCCUCUUCCCGUCUUUCCAUAGGCACAGUGGUAUCUGAUUCCACAUGGAUCCUGGGAAUCUGAACUCAUGUCUUCACGUGGCAAGCACUUUACUCACUGAGCCAUCUCUUCAGCCCACAAGCUUAAGGAAAAAAGAAAUUAUAGCUUGAACUUUACCCCAGAAGUUGUAAGUAGCCCUCUGCCUUUCUCAUCGUUUCCAGGUGUUCUUGCAAGGUCAGCAAACCUUGAUGUCUGUCACAUGAUGCAUUUUCAACCUCCCACCCUGUACUUUACUAUUCUUUUUAUGCUUCAGUCCCAAUUUAGAUGCUAUUCUAUUUGCUCUAUCGCCCAAGAUCUAGUAGGCAGUAAAGCAUCUUGAAUUUAGGCUUUGUCUAAGUGUAAGGACAUGAGUCACCAUAGCACACCAAAGAAGACCAAAACAAAACUAAAUCUGCCCAAUACAUCGACCAGCCAUGGUCACCGCUGACACACUGGCUGUCGUGUUCCCUCUGCAGGGGCUUCCAGGUUUGCUCUUAAGUUACUAACUUUGCUGUCUUCUCUCACCUGUUGGAACACAAACCAUCGAUGACCCCCUUCUUCCACAAGACUCCCUGUGCUCUGCCCAAAGAUUGGCUGUGAGUCUCAGCAUCUGCUUCAAUCCCCUAUGGGGUGGAGUCUUGCAGAGGACAUCUAUGGUAGGCUCCCAUCCUGUUGUUCCCUCUCUUCAACCACUUCUGAUGUCUAUUCUGUUUGUCCUCUGAAUGAGAAUUAAGCAUUCUCUCUAGGUUCCUCCUUGUUAUUUAGCUUUUUUAGAUCUGUGGAUUUUAGUAUGAUUGUCCUGUAGUAUAUGGCUAAUAUCUGUUUAUAAGUGAGUGUAUACCAAGAGUGCAGGGAGUCUUGUGAAAGAAUCAGGGGAUAGAAGGACCUGGAGGGGACAGGAGCUCCACAAGGAGAGCAACAGAAGAGGAUCCAGGUAGUCUUGAGGAGACCUGAUAGGCCAGGGUCAGAUGGUAGGGGAGG